UUGUCAACACCCACAAAUAAGAACCAAACAUUAGCAUUAUUGCACAACAUGAGUGAGACAGUAUACCUCAGAAAUAACUUUGCUAAACUAGAAAAGGCAAAGGAAACAUCACAAAAUACAGUCCCAAAGAUACAAAAGGUAGCAAGUUAUCUCCGAGAUCGAGAGCACUCGAAAAAGCAUUACUUACCCAGGUUAGUUUCAAUUGGUCUAAUCGAUCAUGGUAAACGGAAGCUGGAGCUGGGAGAAAAAUACAAGCUUAUGUGGACAGCAAAGUACCUUGAACGCACCAAACAGGAUGGUCAAACUCUGUACCAAAAGAUUGCAUCGAAUAUCAAACAAUUGAAAGAACAUUUUGCUGAGGAUGUCAUUAAAGACUUCGAUGGUGAUGACGAAAAGCUGUCGUGGACGCUAUUUGUGGAUGGUUGCUCUCUGCUACAAAUCUUGGAGAAGGCAAACCCUUAUGAUCCAAAAGAAAUGAAUGUUAAGGUUGACCAACUGCUUCUUGUGUGGCAGGAUGUGCUUUUGUUAGAGAAUCAGCUUCCCUACGAAGUGCUUUUACUCUUGUCAGGCCACCAGAACGAUGACACACUGCUAAAAAGCAUGAACAAGUUUCUUGAGUACCAUCAUUUGACACCAAAGCAAACAGAAAACACUCAUGCCACGAACAAGUCUAAGAAAAACGAAGACAGGAAUAGGAGGAAAAAAGACUCCCUUAGUCAAAAACACAUAAUAGACAUAAUAAGAAAGGAGCCACCUUUUCAUCUUCUCGAUCAGUUUCGCAGGUGCAUCGUGGGUGACAAAAUAGACAUAAGAAAGGAGUCACCUUUUCAUCUUCUCGAUCAGCUUCGCAGGUACAUCGUCGGUGACGCUCAAAAGGAACCCCAAGAUCAGAAAGGUGACGCAGAAAACGGGGAAAGAGACGGGAAAAAAAAUAAAGAUUUGGAUACAACAUACAGAAACAUAGAGGAUCUGAGAGCAGCAGGGAUUAAACUGAAGGUAGAAGAGUCACGGGAGCUGAAAGCCAUCUCGUUCCGUUAUCGGUGGAUGAGGUUGCGUGCUGAACUGACACUGCCAAAGAUCAUAGUUGAUGACACAAUAGCUACUAGUUUUCACAACCUGGUAGCGUAUGAGAUGUGUCCAGAUUUUGAGAAUAACUUCGAGAUCAGUUCCUUUGUGACUUUCAUGGACUCGCUUAUUGACCAUCCUGAGGAUGUGAAGGAGCUGAGAUUAGCAGAAGUUCUGUGCAAUGAACUUGGGAGUGAUGAAGAAGUGGCGAAGCUCUUCAACACCAUAAGCGCUGACUUGGUGCCCAACUGUGGGAUCUAUUCAAGUGUUAGAGGACAAAUUGGACGCUAUUGUAAGAAGAAAUACAUGACAUGGUGAACUACUGGUUCGUCACUAGCGUGCGCUAUCAUUGUUCACCAUCAUUGAAGCAUCAUUGCGACAAAUGAUACCAACCUAUAGAAAUUGGAACUUUUUAUACUGAUUGUGGCCUUAGUAGGUAUAAAUAGUAUCAAUUUCUAUACUGGUUGUAGAAUUGAUAUAGAAAGCAGAAACUUUCUAUAUCACCUAUGUCUAUACCGGUUAAUCUAUAUAGAAAGUCUUUUUUGAGUGGAUAGACCAAGGGUUUAUGUGUGAGAUGCUAGUGAUGAUAUUAAGGGUUAGAGAUCAAUGAUCGAUUAUUGAAGUUCAAGG